UUAGUCGCUCAGGGGCUUCCAGUCUGAGCAAGCACCCCUGCCUGAUGCGUGCACGGGCUACAGAGGGGGGGUUGCAGUCUGCGAAGGCAAGUGUCACCAUGAUCAACCUUAUAUGGGGUGGAUCCUUAUACUGCGUGGCUGCAUGAAUCAUAACUUCAAGAUGAAGACGUGAUCACAGCGCAUUCGGCAUCAUUAUCAGCAUCGGAAUAUCCAUUUCUUUUUGAAGCACACUGUGGACUCGGGCACCGCUGCAGAGGUGCUAGACUGGUAGGCGGGGGUUGGAGCUGAGGACAAAGAUAUUUUAUGUUAUUAAUAAAGCUGAUAAUGAAGCGCAGAAAGAUUAUGGUCGCGGCAGGCUUUUGCCUUUCAUUUUUUCUAGGUACUCUUAUGAAUUUGCUCUAUAUACCAGGAUUUGAGCACCACCAAAACCGAAAUAGAGCACAUCGGUACUACCACGAAAAACAGCAACGGGUUACGGGCGACUUUCAGCUUCACCUCGGUGAACCAGUCACCGAAACGGCUGCUGAGCCUAACAGUAAAUCCGCCACAGGAAGCCUCCACGAUCUCCAGCUGCAAAUACAAGAAAGGUUCGACGAGGUUGUCCAGUACCGUCGGCGCCAAGCACAUGGGCCAGGCACUGGAAACCCAGUCCGCCCGCUGGAGCGUAGAAGAUUGAUGGAUUUAGAGCCAGGGCACAGUUGGGACCCUGUCAAAGUCAUUGAUAGAAUUGAUAAUCGACAGACUAGUUUUCAAAAUCGACUUUCUCCGUCGACAUACCUCCACGUGAAAUCACGGAAAGAUUUUUCAAUUUAUUCAAGGAGCAUUAACGGUACACUGAUGCUUGGCUGCAGCAGCAUUGACAACGUGACUAAUGUGCAGUACCUGGGUUCAGGCUACACAAAGGCUGUGUACAAAGCAGCUCUUAACAGCAGCUUCUCAGUGGCUCUGAAAUCUGUUGAUUUCGGGGGACAUGAUAUGGAAAAUUGCGUAAAGAAAUAUGGCUCACCCGGAGACUGCUACAAACUUGCCUCCUUCAAAAUAGUGAAAGAGAUGACGCUGAUGGAGAGGUUGCAACAUCCCAAUAUUUUAAAGCUGUAUGGCUACUGCUACCAGGACAGCAAUGACAUUCAGGACACGGUGACAGCCAUCACGGAGCUGGGCAGUCCUCUGGAGAUGAUCCAGCUGCUCCAGACCUCGUGGGAGGAACGCUUCAGGAUCUGUCUGAGUCUGGUGCGUCUGCUUCACUACCUGGCCCACUCUCCUCUGGGCUCCGUCACCCUGCUGGACUUCAGGCCGCGCCAGUUUGUCCUGGUGGCGGGGGAGCUCAAGGUCACAGACCUGGACGAUGCCAGCACAGAGGAGGCCCCCUGCUCCCCCUUCUCCCCCUCCGACUGCGUCAUGGAGUUUCCCGCCCGCAACUUCACCCUCCCCUGCAACAGAGGGCGCUGUGUUGGCAUCAAUGAGAAAAGGAACUUGUACAAUGCAUACAGGUUCUUUUUCACAUACCUACUGCCUCACAGUGCCCCGCCCGCACUAAGACCCUUACUGGACAAGAUAGUCAACUCUACAGGGGAGCUGGUCUGGGGGAUGGAUGAGACACUGGUCCAGCUGGAGAAUGUGUUGCACCAGUACAGAAACGGGUUCUAUCUGCAGAACAACACUCAGGCACACAGAGCUGGUGAGUACACACACACACACACACACACACACACAUAUCCACUCACACACACACACACACACACACGCACACACACAUGCUGACCCACUCACACACACACAAAUAACUACUCUCACUCACUUGUUGAGGUCUCACACUAUAAUCACUCCAGCGUUUACAUACAUUCCUGUGAGAUAACGUUCUAAUGUAGUUACAUCCACCUAUGUAUUAGAGCAGAGGCCUGAUAGAGUGUAAUCGAGUAAAGUAACUCUAGAUCUUAUGUCCUGGUCUGGCCCUGUACACUGAUGUGUUCCUCUGCAGACUGCAUAUGGUCCAGGUUGUGACCUUGCUUACGAACAACAGGGUUGAUAAUGGUAGAUAAUACAGGAUAAUCAUGAAUCCAUUGUGUAUGUAUUUGUGUGAGAGAGCUAGAAAGAGUUUGUGAGACUGACAAUCAGGGAGAAAGAGAGAGAGAGAAAUAUAUAAAGAAUGUGUCAAUGCGUUGGAAAGAGAGAGACAGAGAGUGUGUAUGUGUGUCAGUAUAUGUGUGUGUGCGCGUGUGAGAUCCAGGAGCGAGGGAGAGCUCUGAUAUGUCAGAUACGUUCAGGACAAAUAGAGUGAGAUCAAAAAGAUUACAAUUUAUGUAACGGAGAGAUACUGCGGGGGAGGGGGAAGACAGACUGGUCAAGCAAUCCCAUGAUGCACUGCUAGGGGACCCACUUUCUUCCACUCUCUCCUCGUCGCUUGGCUUUCUUUUGUCGUUUGACCCUUUCCCUCCUCGACCCCUCCCUGUCUUUUCUUUCCCCCUCUUCACUCGCACAUUCCCUGAGUGCCCUCUUCCCUCCUCUUCUUUCUCCUUCCCUUUCUCUCUCCAUUCCUCCAUGAGUCCUCGCUCCGCUCCGCUGGCAGUGCAAAAGCAGACACAGGCAGUCGUUGAGUGAUGGCUACCCUCAGCCCGAGGGCCAGAACUGGGCUUAAAACAAGCCUCUCUCCACCUGUCCCCUUCUCUAUCACCCCUCUCUCCACGCUGUCCCCUUCUCUAUCACCCCUCUCUCCACGCUGUCCCCUUCUCUAUCACCCCUCUCUCCUCGCUGUCCCCUUCUCUAUCACCCCUCUCUCCACCUGUCCCCUUCUCUAUCAGCCCUCU